UAGGAGUGCGGAUCACAUUAAUGGGCGCAAAUGUGAUGUUCGCUUUCUAACAAUAUCAGGAGUUGAUAUCGGAGAAUGGGAGUUUUCCGCAAAGGCUACAGCAACAAAAGCAAUUGGUGACCGAUGUCGUUCUGCUCGAAUAAACCAAUCGAUAUUAAAUAGUUUACUGGAAUAUAAUCUCGAUGAUAAUCAGGUCAAGGACAUCCGAGUGCCUUUUUUACAGUUUGCUGGCACGAGUGGACAAUUGCUGAUUGAAGAUCUGAUGGAAGGCUUUUAUGUCGUUUUUCCCGGACCUAAAUUUGAGUUGCCAACGAAACUUAAGAGUAUUGGAAAGCUGAAGACAUGUAUCGGUGUUAUUAAGUCAGUCAUG